UCCCACAGCUGGACUCUUGCCUACAUCCUGCUUUAAGAGAAAAGGCAUCUGACAAGCUCAUUUUACCUUGCCAUGUAAUAAUGCAAGACCAUUUGCCAUCAAUGGAAUUUUCUAAGGGGAGUUUAUUGAGGUUUCACAGAUGCAAGAGGGAUGAAUUUGGCGGGCUGCCAUAUUGCAUAAGCAAAGAAAACUAUGUCAUAGGUUCUAAUUCAGCAUGCAAAUUGCAAGGAACAUUUACAUCUUUAAUUGACAUUUAACAAGACAUCAGCGGCAGCAGCAGCAUAGACAGCUACUCUACCAGCAGAUAUGCCUCUGUGAAAUGUUUGCAACUCCUGGGUACAGCGAGAUUUUUGCUAUGACUGCAGCCCAACCUGUCUCCACCCUUAGCCAGGACGCCGCCGUAGAAGACACUCCUGGGGUCUCCUCUCUCCUCUACAUGCCAUCAGCCCAGGAGCAUCAUGGGGAGUGUCAGUAGCCUCAUCUCCGGCCACAGCUUCCACAGCAAGCACUGCCGGGCCUCCCAGUACAAGCUCCGCAAGUCGUCCCACCUGAAAAAGCUGAACAGGUAUUCAGAUGGGCUGCUGAGGUUUGGCUUCUCUCAAGACUCCAGCCACAAGUCCAGCUCCAAAGGCAACAAGAAUGAGGACUUCUUUUACAUCAAGGUCAGCCAGAAAGCCCAUGGCUCCCACCGGACGGAUUACACAUCACUUUCCAGCGGGGACCUGGGCAGCCAGGCAGGGGCGACUGGCAUGGACUUUGGCACACCCACUCCCCAGAAACUGAUGCCAUUUUCCAAUCAGCUGGAACUGGGCCCAGAGAAGGGCGUUAUAAGGCCAACCGCCUUCAAGCCAGUGAUCCCCCGCUCAGGCGCGAUCCUCCACUCCUCUCCGGAAAAUGGCAGCCACAUCUCCCAGCAGCUGCACCCUCCAGACAAAGCUAAGGAUCAAGAACUCAAGCCCAUGUUGUGCUCUGGAGGUUUGUCGGACUCCGGCAGGAACUCUAUGUCCAGCCUCCCAACCCACAGCACCACCAGCAGCUACCAGCUGGAUCCCCUGGUCACCCCUAUGGGGCCCAUCAGCCGCUUUGGGGGCUCAGCCCACAACAUCACCCAGUGCACUAUCAUACAAGACAGCAACAUGAUGAGCCUCAAGGCGCUGUCCUUCUCCGACAGCGGCAACAAGAUCCUCAACCCUGGAAAAGCUGCCCACCACCACCACCACGAGAAAGCCUCCUGCAUCCGGUCUCCCAUCUCCACAGAUGAGUCCACCAUCCAGGAGCUGGAGCAGAAACUGCUGGAGAGGGAAGGGGAGCUGCAGGAACUGCAAUGCAGCUUUGAGGAGAAGGAGGCCACCUCCUGCCAGGCCUAUGAAGAAAAGCAGAGGCGCUGCAAGGAAGAGCUGGAGGGGCUGAAGCAGAAGUGCAACAACAAGCUCAAGCAAACCUCUCAGAAGAUGCAGCGGACCCAGCAGGUGCUGCACCUCCAAGUGUUCCAGUUGCAAAAGGAGAAGAAGCAGCUUCGUGAGGAGCUGGAGAAGCUCAUGAAGGAGCAAGACCUGCUGCAGACCAAGUUGAGGUCCUAUGAGAAAGAGAAGACCAGCUUUGCCCCAGCGCUGGAAGAAACUCAGUGGGAGGUGUGUCAGAAGUCUGGCGAAAUCUCCCUCUUGAAGCAGCAGUUGAAGGACUCCCAGAUGGAGCUCAAUGCCAAGACAAGUGAGAUCCUCAGCCUGAAAGCCCAGCUGAAGGACGUGAGGGGGAAGAUGGAGGGACUGGAGAUGAAAACCCAGGACCUGGAAGACUCCCUUCGCACCAAGGCCAUGGAGCUGGAGGUAUGCGAGAACGAGCUCCAGCGCAAGAGAAAUGAGUCGGAGCUGCUGAGGGAGAAGGUGAACCUGCUGGAGCAGGAGAUUAUGGAGCUCCGGACGGAGCUGACCAUCCUCAAGGAGCAGCGGAGCGAUGGGAGGGAUGGGAUGGCCUCUGCCAGCCCAGCUGUGGGGAUGAUGGAGGAUGUCCAAGCCCUGCAGGGGGAAGUGGAUAAGCUGAAGAUGGAGCUGAAGGAGGAGAGAGACAAGAAUGAGCAGAUGACUUCCGGCUUCCAGCAUGAGCGACAGAUCUGGAAGGAGGAGAAGGAGAAGGUGAUCCACUACCAGAAGCAGCUGCAGCAGAGCUACCUGCACAUGUACAAAAGGAACCAGAACAUGGAGAAGAUGCUCCAGCAACUGGCUGCGGGGGGAGACGGCAGAGAGCCCAUCGACCUGGAUAUCCAUGGUACCGAUGUCCCCUACGAGGACAUCAUAGCCACCGAGAUCUAACGAGACUUGCUGUCUCUCCCCCGCCCCACCUCACAGCAGCGGGGAGGAGUGUCUCUUUCAGGCAAGGACUGAGCGGCACAGCCCCAUGGGUCUGUUCAUGCCGGACAGCCCAUAUACAGUUCAGAUGAGCCGUGUAUGUGUUAGCCAAGCUGGUUGCCCAGCCAGCUCAAGAGCCCCUGGUGUGGCACCAUGAUGGUGUCCCAAGCUGCCUGUCAUGUUGUAGAGGUGAAAAAAAGCAACUCCUGCUAAUGGUGACGUGCUGGCAUCUGCCCUUCGUGUCUGAUGCAUCCUCAUCAGGAUGCUGGUCACCCACUUGUAGGACUGAGAAACGGGGGGUGGGAUGGUGGGGGGAGAGAGUUGGGGAUUGGAACAGGAGUGGAGAGAGAUGGGGAUUGGAACAGGAGUUUAGCAAAUUAUUCUGCAAUCAGGGAAUAAAGUGACACGCUGGCCAAAAUCUCCCAGGGGUGCAGAAGGGGCCACUGGGUCACAGUGACUAAGGAAACCGGGCCCCUCCAGUGUGUAACAAACACAUUGGUUCAGCCUUGGAAGAAGGUGGCCAGGGACACACUCCUCCUCCUGAGCGCCACGGGAAAUAAUGCCUCAUUUCAACCACUGAGCCCGGGCCCAAGGGCUAAGCAACACACUGAGCCAAUCAAAAAAUCUAUUUAUCUUCCUCCAGGGGAUUCUGGUGUCUAGGAUUUGCAGGUUUUUAAUCCCUUUGCAGCUUGAGUCCAGUGGAACCCAUCCAGACUCCAGUCCCUACAGGCCAAGGUGGUAUUUUUGCCAUGCCAGAGACUUGGAUUAGUAUCCCAGAUCUGCUUCUUCGCUCCUUAGGUUAACAUGACCUCAAGAAUGACCACCCCAACUAGCUAGUUCAGGACCAGGGACCAAAGGAAGCUCCAUCCAUUUCUCCUUGGCUAGCAGGAUGAUGGUGGUUAUGUUGGAGGAAGGGCUGGAAAUUAGAAGAUGCUGCCAAGUUCUUAGCACUGCCAGUAGAACCAAUCUCCAGGGAGCCCUAGCUGACAGUGCUUAUCAGUUCAUCUUUGUGCCGCCCCAAACUUCUUCAUGCCAACGAGGUCCAUGACUUCAACAAGCCCGACUGUCUCGCCUCCAGAGCUGGUCAGAAAAUGCUGAAAAAGAGUCUUCACAAAAAAAAGUUGAAUAUUUCAUCAUAAUUUUCAUCUGGCAGGUUUCCAAAAGGAACCUUUUUUCACCUACUCUAAAGCUUUUGCAAAACGUUUUUAUUGCAAAUGUUCAGUUUUGAAAAUUAUGAGUUUAGAAAAUUUUCAGCAUUUCAGUUUUAGAACCCAGCCCCUGCCCCCUCCCUCCUUUUGUCAUUAAAAGGGGAAGGGGAGAAAAAGGUGGAAAAAAAACAAAAACUGAAAACACCAAAUCCACAAAUGUUUGGUUUACAGGUUUCAUUUAAAAAAAAAAAUUUUUUUUUUUUUUUACAAAAUGUUGUUUUUUUGGCAAAGAUUUCCAUUUUAGGAAAAAUAGCCACUUUCCAACUAAAAUAUUUUUUGUUUAACAGAUUUUAACCAGUCCAGCUCAGCUCCUUGCUGCUUAUUGUGUCUGGUUGCCUGAGGAGGAUGAGGGUAGUCUGUGCUUUUGGGAAUUACAGACUUCCCACUUUUUACUGGGUGCAUAAAAUUCAAAGCCAAAAGCACUCCUUGAAAAGCCUGCCCUGUGUUCUUCCCGUCGUCUCUCUCAUCUCGGAGCUGGGAGCUACCAAAAUAUCAGUCCAUCUCAUUUUUUCCAUCAUUUUGGUCAUUUUUGUGUUUAUUUUGUUCCCUCCUCCCAUUCCAUGAUCAAAGUUCAGGCUAGAAAGAAAGAAAGAAGCUUGGCCCUCAACAGCUGCUAAAUAUACUCUCAUUACAGUUCAGAUCUCCAUAUUUUAUGUGCUAGCCAAGCACAGGUGGAGUCAAGGCCAACUUGGCUACUGUCAAGAUCCACCAAGUGGCAGCUGCUGGAGUUUGGCCAUCACUUGUUUUAGAUUCACUGGCCCAAGGGUCAAUUGUUCCUAAAAAACACCUUCUAAAUCACUACCAAAUAGUUACAGCUUUCUUUGGUUUCUUGGAUUUUAGUGCUAAUGUGGAAAAGAGAGAAAAUCCUCACACAUAGCUGAGCCAAUGCACCUCGAUCCUGACCUCUGACUCUCCACACCAAGGUGAGACUGCAGGUCUUGACCCAGAAUAACCCCUGAUAUUGCAGUGCUGAACAGUCCCACCCUUCACUGCCAUUGGGUCAUAUCCCUGCCCCAGAAGAGCCUUUGGUACUGUGGUUCCCUCUUUGCCCUGCAGGUGCACCUCCAUCUUGACCUGCAUCACUCCAUUAUUCCAGUCCUGGGCCUCAGCAGAGGAUGAAUGGCACCAAGUCUGACAGCUAGGGAGGGGGGUGGCUCUGUGAACCAAUGCUAGUGAAUGAUUAAACUGAGCCCUGGGAAACUCCUCUCACAUGUGACCUAAUGAAGAGUUGGAGCUCAGGGAGUUGAUUCUCCAUUGUCCUGUACUGUCACAUUCACCAGGACAAGUGGGUAUGAAAUGCUGCCAUACCAGAAUGGUAGUUCUCUACACUCACUUUGCACCAGCAUAAAUAACUGCAAAAGACGCAAGGCAAUGGGGGAUCAGGCCCCAGGUUUCCAAGGGGAAAAGGCUACUGCAUUAGCAUUGUCCCAUCUUCUCCACAUGCCAGCCAGGAAGCUGGUUUUAAGGAUCUACCCUCCAGAGUAAAAACAUGCAUAAAUUAUCAUUUCCAAACCACGCUCAUCUCUAGAGAAUCCCCUCUGAAGCCAGUGUUGCUACCCCAGGGAGAAACCUGGCUCAGUAGGUAUCAUAUGUCAAGCUAGGAGGCAGCUUCCCUGCUCUCUCUCUGAUUCCCCCACAUGUUCCCACCUAUUGAAUGCUGACUGCCUUAUUAUUCUCCAUGCCAUUAGGUCAGUGGGUUCUAGGCACAGCUGGUGACAGGAGCUUGGAGGAGAAAAGGAUUUCAUUUUGUUUUCUAGCCCAGGGCUUAAAUCUUUCUCCAGCCUUUCAUGGGAGGAUUACAAAACUCCAGCAUGUAAACCAGCUCUGCUGAACUCAGCACCUGCCGAAAGCUGCUGCGAGCAAACUGGGCUUCAUUGUCCUUACAUUGGUGCCAGUUUGAUCCCGUUGUGAGGGCAGGUCCUGCAAUGGCCAGAAGGCACGAAACAGAAUUCUCAGCCACAAGCCUCUGAACGCCUUUUCAGUGCAUGGAGAUUUUUAGUGCCCAGGAAAGCUGGCUCGGCAGAAGCUAGAAGCCUCUAUCCACGGAACAGGUACGGGAUUGACCGUAGCAGUGCAGGAGUCCCUGACACGCUGCCUUCCCACUGUGCCCCCGCUCCUCUAGGAAUGAGAGGAGAGUUCAGUCUCCAUGGUUCACUGGUUUCUCUCCUAGCCAAGCAUACCAAUCAGGAGACCAGUCUGUGCCUAGUGCAGUGGGAACAUUAGUCCCCAAAGGAACUGGGCCGAGAUCCAUCAAACUCCCUUCACGUGGGCUGGUGCACAGCCUCCAGCAUUCAGCCACGACCCUCUGGGCAUGAAUUCAAACUGAUGAGGUAGAAGCAGUCACCCCUGAGCCAUCCAAUUCCUAAGCCAAAGCUGGAGUUCAGCCAGUGGUCUGGAGGUGAAUGGACUUUACAUUCUAUUUCCAGCACCCCAGCCUACCAGCUUCUAAACUCUGAAACCAAUCUGUGCCUUGUGUUUUUCCCCAAACAAAGCAAAACCAAGUGUCAUUCUGGAAACUAUUUACAUUUGGAUCAAACGCAACAGGUGGGCAGCACAAGCUAGUCUUUUCCUCUGAUGGGUAGAGAAAAGUCUUUAGCCACCACCACCACUCCAUCUACUGUGCAGUCCCCAAAAUCAGAAACCAACACUCAAGGGUAGGAAAAGGCCCAUCCCAUCCACCAUUCGUUGAUUCUCCGUGACCCCUGCAUGUUGUGUCGUCAUUUCCACCAAUGCAAAGCCACUGGGCUGGAUUUGUAUCCUGCAAGCCAGCCCGAGUAAGGGGCAGCACUGAUUAGGAAGAAUUCCACAUUUUAAUGUUGCGCUGAUUCCUUCUUUUUUUAAUCAAAGGAAACAAGCAGUAAGAAAGUGGCACCAAGUGUCGGUGUUCAGCUUGCUCUUCAAUACCAAACCCUGGGCUGGAAUUUCAGAGGUGUUGAGCACCCAUGAAUUGCACCCAAGUUAAUGGAACAGCAGGUGCUCAGCACCUCUGAAAGAUUGGGCCAUGAUUGUGAUGUGAGAGAUCCUCAUGAUGAUAGGUAGGUAAGUAGUGCAAUCCACAGAUAAGGCAUAGCAUUACACAAAGCUUACCUCCCAUUGGUGCACAGAUAAGUUCAGGCAUAUUAAGGCUCUGAGCCUGCAACUGCACACAUAUGCUUUGUAUCCAGUAACCCACACAGAGCCCCGUUGAAGUCUCCAGGGUACCACACAGGUGCAGAUACAGGAUUGGGAAGUAAAUGAUACAUCUCUUCAGAGAGAGCCUCAAACUACAACAUCUGCAUCUGGAUUCUGCACACCUAGAAGUUCAGGGUGGUUUUUGAUAGACCCAUUAGAAACAUAACAGCUAUUUAUAAAAUUUGGAUCCAGUUUCAGAUUUCAAACCCUAGGCUCUAGAUGUUACCCAUAUCUUCUGAAAAGACAGGUUAGGAUAUAAUUUGAACAAAAGAAAAACUAUAAUGGAGCAAGACUACUCCGAACCUAAAGGCCAAGUCUUGUGAUUUAUCCUGGUCCCUUCUGGUACUACAAUCUAGAAUAAUCCAGAUUUCAGUCUGACCUCCUGCAGAACACAGGCCAGAGAAUUUCCCACCCAGCAAUUCCUGCCUCUUGUGGCAGAGCUACAGCACACCUACUGGAGGCCAAUGGGUAAGCGCCAGAUGCAAAUGGACCAAGAAAUGCAAACGAUACAUCAUGCAAGAAGAGCAGAAUUGUUCCUGACUAAGAUCCCUUGACUAGUUUUCCACAAGGCACCAGCUCAUGUCUCAUUAAGGCCCUGCUCCUUCCCCAUUUAAGUCAACAGGCACAGUCCCAUUGACGUCAAUGGCACCCCAUGGGAAUUCCUUGUAUCACCAGCCCUGUAUCUUCCACAAGCGCUGUACAAUGUGAUUGACUGGAGACGCUGCCUUUGCACAAUGCCGUGUUUGACUUUGACCGUAUGCAUUGCCAAUGUGUCACUCUUACGCUGUCCCACCCGCCCAAGGGGAGAGGCCAGGUUUUAGUCUGUAUAGAUUAGAUAUUACCUUUUUUCUGCAGGUUUUUAGAUGUUAUU